AUGGGUCUCGAAAAUUCAAAGCCGGUGACCCCCACGCCUCCUUCUGGUGGUCACCAUGCGAAUGACUCCCCACGGGCCAGCAAAAAGGAGUCAAAGAACCUGAUAACGGCGCAACUUCACCAUCACAGAUCCACAGCCUCCUCCCCCGAGGCAAGCGUGGUCCAGGCACAGGGCUCCACGAUUGGCCCCGGGAAGUCGCACUCGAGACCACUCUCCAUACUCAACAGCUCCUCGUCGCCCUCGUCAAGUUCCCAACACUCCGCAACACAAAAACCUCCCGCAACCAAGCCAAGGCCCAUCGAGCCCAAAGAUGAGCCGUCUAAGCCCGUAGCUGUUCCCAUCGCUCCUACUGAGACCUCAUCAGCGCGCUCGUCGCAGUACGACGAUCCCAGUCUGACACCUGGUCCCGCAUCCAGCAGCAUCCAGGAUAUGUCGUAUCAUCUGUCGCGGCCGCCACGGCUGCCUUUGCCCAUAGAGGAGGAGGUACACACGCCUGGGUCGCCGAUAAUUGCGCCUGCGGAUAUUGGCGAGCCCAUCGACGAUGUGGAGGGCUUGGACACCAAAGACGACCAGGGCAACCUGCCCCGGAGGUCGUCCGGUCUGAGCAAUGCGACAGACGAGGAGGACUCCGAAGAGCUCCGAGUUGACAAGACGAGACCCACUGUGCUAACAAGAGUGGAAUGGCUACAGGGCGGCCAGAAGGUCUAUGUCACAGGAACGCCGUUCGGGUGGGCUCGCAAGCAACGACUCACUCCUGCCAAAGGACGAGAGGGUGUGUUGGAAGCAACCAUUCCAGUAUAUCCUGGGACCCACCACAUCAAAUUCCUGGUCGAUGGCGCGAUGGAGACCUCGCGGGAUCUGCCCACUACCGUUGAUUUUGGCAACAAUUUGGUGAACUAUAUCGAAGUGAGCGGGCCGGACGCGACAACCGGCAACAUCACCCUUGGUGCCACGCCGCCAAAGUCUGCCAAGGAUGCUGAGGCUCUACCAUCGCGGCGGAAUUCACAGACACCACUUGACGACCAACCGAAACCUCCGCAGAAAAAGAUUAUUGACCCGGCCGAGACCUUCACAGGCCACGUCCCCAAGUACCUGGCUGACUUCGAUCAACCGGAGGAUGCGAAGUCCUACCAGCUAGCCGUGACUGCAUUAGACAAACUUCCUACCCCUCCAAGUUUACCUAGUUUCUUGGGCAAGCCUAUCAUGAACAACACCACUCUCAUCAAGGACGACAAUAGCGUCUUGAAUAUGCCUAACCAUACCGUUCUGAACCACCUUGCUACGAGUAGUAUCAAGAAUAAUGUUCUUGCCGUCUCAGCAACAACGAGGUACAGGGGCAAGUACGUAACCACCAUCAUAUACAAGCCGACAUCGGAAGAUAGUUAG